UUAACCUCGUAAAUAGUAAAACAAGCACUAGAAAAAGAUUACAUCACUCACCAAUAAAUAAUUCGAGUGAAAGUUUCCAAAACAAAGUUUCCAACGGUUUUUUAAACGCCAUUAAGGGCAUGGCUUCUCAGUGGGGGACGGCUUUAGAUCGAAAUGCUGGUGUUCUAUUGCCAUGGAACAAUCUAAAAAAGAAGCAAGGGAAGCCUUGCCGGCGUCUCUCAGUCAAAAUUCUCGAGGCUUUUCCACGAGACAGUCUUCAAACGUCUGUGAAUUUGUCGAAAUAUUUCAAAAUUCUAAAGCAAAAUGCACGAUGAAAAUGGUAAUCAGUAUACUGAGGGAUCGUUUGUCGUUCCGACGAGUAUUUUUCCGACCUCAGGACGUUCACUUAAACGAUCUAAAAGUAUCAGCAAACCUCGCAGCCCAUGCAUUGACUUGUCGCCAGCACCAAGCCCAGAAGAGAUAAACAGCAACCAUGAAUCUUCUCUGCCCAUUUGUUUGAGAAGAUCGUCUCAGCUGAUAGGACUAACUCCUUGUGGAUGCUUUGAACAAUUGCCCACUGAACUCAUCUAUUACCUUCUACAAUUUUUACCACUGACAAGCAUAGGAAAGCUGGGUCAAACUUCCAAGGAUAUGCGAAACAUCCUUAUUCGUUGGAUUGGCAGUUCGCGUAUGCAAAGUCGGCUUAUGGACACGAUCUUAUUGACGCCAUUUACUUCUACGGAAAAAGCAUGGAGCGGAAGGCUCUCAUUGCCAUAUGAACUUCACCGUGAGUGUAAAUGUACGGGCAUCCUUAUCAAGCAAUUGACCUGCCUCUUUCCCACAUCCCAAAGGCUGGGACUUUACCAUCAGUUGAUCACUGAGGUAAAGCAAAGUAUCCUGCAAAAGCGUCCUGAAUUUGAGCAACACUUAAUCGCUGCAGCUUCCGGAGUAAUCCUCCAUUCAAUGAUUUCCGGUUGGGACAAAGGCGAGUGCAUCAAGGUCCACGCUACCAUAUGCUAUUGGAACAACAUCACAUUCCUGCUGUCCGAGUACCUGAAUAACCCUGUCUCGACAAACGUAAAUAUUGAAAGAACUUUGCGUCUAUACAUGCGCUCUCUUUUCUUGGAUUUCUGCGCGUAUUCUGACCGCCUUAUCUGGAUCGAAAUCAUCUUUGAUUGUUCUCAACUGUCGCAACAUCUCAAUUUGGCCAAGUUACUUCUCCUCUUGUAUACGCCUCUUCAAACUGGAGGUUCUGUCAUGUGGGAUUUUUUCGAAGGGGAUGUGGAUUGUUCUUCUUAUACGGAAGAAUACAGGAUGCUAGGCGAAACACUAGCUUACAUUAUUGCGUCUCCUCAGAGAUGCUGCGCAACCAACGAAGCGGUGGACAUAAUUCAAACGAUAACGAAGAUGCCAACUCACUGGUCGAAUCGAUCGUUGGCGGCCUUGUUACUCUGCAUUCACUGUGUUGACAACAAACCUGUCAUCUCUUAUUUUAAACAUCUUUCUUCCGACGCCGAAAUGGGAUUGGCUAUAGAAGUGUUGGGCAAUAUCUUCUUCAUGGCAUCAGAGUUUAUAUCAUCUAAUCAGACGGACAAUGUCGGAUUUAAUUAUCGAUCCGUGUUCAACCUUAUCCGCAAUGCUAUUAAUUGUGGCUGGGGGACUGAUGAGAGGCGAACGAUGGUGCAAGAGUUGUGGAUUGAUAUCAGAGAAAUGUGCUCAACCUUGCUGGACGAUGCUGUAAUGAUAGGGAACGCCAAAGACUUGCACAGUCUCAUGGAGACAUGGAAGGAGAUUUGUAUACAUCUUACCUUUUAAUGUUUCCUUUUAUUUUUACAUAUUUUUCUUCUUUGGUUAUGUUCCAAAAAGUGCAGUGAAUGUUUUUGAUUUCAUUAUCUGAAGUCCAGUUUCAAUUUGGCGUUUGACAAUAUAAAAGCAAUCCUCAAACUUCAAUCAUCGA